GUGACGCGCUUCCUUCUGCAGGGGUGAAAGGUCGGGGGUGUCACGGUGACCUCUUCUUCCACACGUGGGUCGUCGCCGCACCAUGUUCUCCUCUCUGUCCCGCUCCCUUCUCACAGCCGCAGCCAGAGUGGUGGUCGCUCGGCCGCUGCCAUUGCUGAGCAGUCAGGGUCCUGCCCGAGCUCUCACUCGGUCUUUAUGGCUGCAUGGCGGGGCCUCCAGCUCUCUGAGGCCAACCUUCCUGAACCCGCACAGGGGAUUCCCGGCAGUGUCGUGUGGAUGCGGGGGGCUCCAUACUGAAGGUGACAAAGCUUUUGCAGAGUUCCUAAAUGAUGAAAUCAAAGAAGAGAAGAAAAUCCAGAAACACAAGAGCCUCCCCAAGAUGUCUGGCGGCUGGGAUUUAGACGUGCACGGCACAGAAGCUAAGCUGACCAGAAAAGUCUCUGGAGAGAAGAUCACAGUGACAUUCAAUACGAACAACAGCAUUCCACCAUCCUUCGAUGAGGAACCACAGGAGGGGCAGAAGGGGGGCGAGGAGGAGCCUGAUCUUGUUUCCACGCCUAACUUUGUUGUAGAAGUCACAAAACUAGAAGGCAGCCAGACAUUGGUGCUGGAUUGUCACUAUCCGGAGGAUGAGGUUGGACAUGGUGAAGAAGAGGAAGAAAGUGAUAUCUUCACAAUUCGAGAAGUUAGCUUCCAGCCCACUGGAGAUACAGACUGGAAAGAGAGCAGCUACACACUCAACACAGAUUCUCUUGACUGGGCGUUGUAUGAUCAUCUGAUGGACUUCUUGGCAGACCGUGGAAUCGACAACACAUUUGCUGAUGAGCUGAUAGAACUCAGCACUGCUUUGGAACAUCAAGAAUAUAUCCACUUCCUUGAAAAUCUCAAUAAGUUUGUUAAAUGUUAAGUGCAGUGUGAUGGGCUUAUCUCCAUUUUUAUUACAAACACCAAACUGUUUAGCUACUAUGCUAUCCACGUUUUAGCACUUAAUUUGGUGUUUGUGGAUGUGAUUAAGAACUGUAUUAUGAUUGUGGCUUAAAUAUGGCUACAUUUCCAUUCAUCGGAGAGAUGCAAGUGCCCUUUAGAAUGCUCAAUUUGUUAACAUUAUUUAAUUUUUGUAAAUCUGCUCCAGACUAUAGACUUCUGUAAAUGCGGCCAGGCAGACAUCAGUGUUUUACAUUUGGGAAGCGGGAAAGGUAAGAUCCGUAGUAUUAACCCCUGCCUAAACUGAUUGUAGAGGAGAAAUGUGCUAGAUGUAAGAGGAGAGUAUUUUUGGACCAGCCUACUUUCAACUCUGUUCCUUUAUGUUUUGUACAAACGCCAUUAAAAAAACUUACCAUA